AUGCGUUUCUCAGCUCUCACCAUUGCAUCUGCAGCCGUUGCUGCCGCCGGAGUGAACGCCAUUGAUGUGGCUGGUAAGUCCAACAUUCUUAGGUCUGCCAAUGGAAGUCCUGACAUCUCCGCAGAAUUUCCUGGCUAUGAAGUAAUUCCCAAAGCUGCAACAAACAAAUAUCCCGUCAAUGCAGCCCCCACUAUUCCUGACUAUGCAACUGACUCGUUCGAACCAACUUACGUGCCCGAAGAGGACCUGAAGCCCACCGUUCUUCAAGCUCGCAGUGCCCCUUUGGCCUCAUCUACGGCAAAUACCACUCCAGUCGGCGAUGCACCCGCUGACGACAGCUUCGAAACUUUCAUGGAGUGGAUGAACGCUCGUCAGGCUCAGGGAGCCUUCGAGCAAGCUCAACACAGUCACGUCGCCCGCAGCGUGGCCCCUUCGCCAAGUGUAGAGGUGCCUCCUUUCGAGGGACCGGCUGAUGACACUUAUGAAGCUUUCGUUGCCUGGAUGGAGUCUCGCUUCCCACAAGAAGUCACACAAGCGACCGAGCAGAAAGUUCACGCCCGUGAUGUGCCAGCUCAACCUGAGCAUACUUCCAUCACUGCCAAAGAUACUCCUGCGGAUGACAGUUACGAGGAGUUCGUGCAUUGGUGGAGCUCCCGUUACCCUCAAGGCUCUACUGAGACAGACGAACACACGAACUUCGCUCGUUCUGUCUAUGAGCAUGAUGAAUACCCCUCAGAGUACCACGAGCUCGAUGCUAGAUCUAUGGAGACUCCUGGAGGAUCUGAAGAGCACGAAGAUGAGGUGUCUGACUGGAGCCUUGUCUGGAACGAAGAGCUGGAACAACAUAUUCAUGCCAGAUCACUCGCAGACGAACAUCAUGAGGUUCCCUCCGACUACGAUUACCAGCAGGAAUCAAGUGCAUCUGGUCAAGGAGGACCCAUCAACGUCCACUACGAGUCAGAGCACGAGUACAACCCUGAUGAGACCUUCGAGGAGUUCCUUGCCCGCCAAGGCUGCAACCCUGCGGAGUACACUCAAGAGACUCACCCUAUUGAGUCUCACGAAGAAGAGCCUCAGCCUCAGGAACCAGUCCACUCGAGGCCUGAAGUGUCCGAGGUAGCUGCUUCGCCAGCAGCUGCUCCCACCCCAAAGCCAACUUCUGCAGCGACAUCAUCCGACGCCACUUCGACCUCUGCAUCGCAGUGGACUGGAGAGACGGCCACAGCCUCGUCCGGCUCUGCAGCCAAUGUUCAAGCACGCUCUGUGAGUUCCCACUAUCGAUUCCGCCACCACUCAGCACAUGCGUCGAAUAGUGGUACGGCAACUGCAUCUUCUGCAACCAGCUCUACCACAAGUCGCAAGGGAUUCUUCAAUCUGCCCUGGUAG